AUGUGUGCCAAUUUCUAGUGUUGAGGUCUUUGACCUAUUUCAAAAUCCACAGAUUUCCCGACGUGUACACCUACAAAUUUCCUAAUAUUUGGCCAUGUGAGAUUCUUUCAAAUGUCACGUUCGGUCUUGUAGUCUCUUAAAGGUCAUUCUUAUACCCACACUUUCCAGGCCCAAACGUGAGGAUUGUGUAUUAAGAGUUAGUCCCACAUUGUUAAUGUGUGGAAAUAAAUUGUGAUAUAUAAGAUGAAAGGACUACUCCUCCCAUUACUAAUUGGUUUUGAGAUGGAAACUUAUUCAUUUUAUUCCUCAAAUUCUAACAGUCGUAAGUUUUUUUUUUUGUUUUUUAUGUUACGUGUUAGUUUAACCCAAAUACCAAAUAGGUGAACUGGUUUGAAUAUUUGGUGGUAGAUUAACAUAACUGGUGGACUGUUGUUAUUUGUCCGAACAGUUGUAACUUUCAAAAGCCAAUGAAAGAUCACAAACUUUGUGUAAAAUUUCAGUUAUAAUAAUGGCUGAUGAGGCUGAUCUUUUAACAUCAAGGUGGGUCCCAACCAUAUUAAAUUAAAUGGAAUCAUGAAGCCCUUUUUAAGAAAGAUAUAAAGACCAAAUUUUCUUCUAAGGUCUUUCUUUCCAUUAUUUUUAAUUUUGUUUUAGCUUACUCUCUAGAUUUCAUUGUGAUCAUCAUCACAUCAAACCUCUUCAUCUCUUUUUUGCUAAGCUCACUGGCUCCCUCCUUUCCUGGUCAUGGAGGACCAGGAGGAUAUCCCCAGUGGCUGGCCACUUGGGCUAGAGAUUAUGAAUGUGAGGCUCCAAGUGGAGAGAAGCUUAUCAUCAUCUACUGCAGUGGAACACUACACUAAUUUACAUGCACCCUCAACUAGUUUCUCUUCAUUUUCAUCUUCCAAUCUUGACACAGAGUCAACAGCUUCAUUUUUCCAAGAUCACAGUGUGUCACUAGGCCGGUUAAUUGGGAUUAGACCAGGUGAGAGAGGACGAGGACGGUUGUACUUUCCAAAUUCAAGUGGCUCAGAAGAGCAUGGUAGAGUAUCAAAAAGGGGUUCAAAUGAUGAGAUCUCAAAAGGGCAUGAACUCAAUUUAUGUCCAGCCAUUUGCAUACCAUUUUUGGUCUGUGCCUUAGUCAAAAGCAAGAACAACAAGGCAAAGAGUUAGUAGGUCUUGGUUUCUCAAAUACGUACAGAAGCAUUUUGGAUGUUUAUAAAGAUUGGAGUAAUAUUAAGAAUUUUCUAUACAAUAUAACUAUAUAAGGAUUACUUUCUCAUAACGUUAUAUUGAUUGUAACGUUAGGUCUUAAUUCCUACAUUAGUCAUAUUGAUUGUAACUAUUUGAAAUAUAAUUUGACUUAUAUAUUGUCCGAGAUUAGAUAACAAUUUUUCUAUUUUC